AUGGGACUACGUCCAGAAUAUGAAUCUGUUAGGGCUGCCUUAUUACACCGCAGCCCCCUGCCCUCAUUGGAUGCUGCUAUCCAAGAAAUAUUAUUUGAAGAAAAACGUCUUGGCAUCAAUCUCUCCAAACAUUCUGAGGCUGUUCUUGCCAACACUUAUUCACCACCUGGAGCAUCAAACACAUUUUGUAAGAAUUGUAAUCGAUGGCUUCUUGACUCUGGCUGUUGCAAUCAUAUGACAUCUAAUUACUCUCUUAUGAACAUUCCUAGUCCUACUAAAUCUUUACCUCCCAUUUAUGCUGCUGACGGCAAUUGUAUGAAUAUCACUCACAUGGGCACCAUCAAUACCCCUAGUUUGAAUCUUCCUCAUACUUACUGUAUCCCAAACUUAACCUUUAAUCUAGUAUCUGUUGAUCAAUUGUUCAGGAUCCACAGACGGGACAGACGAUUGGGACGGGACAAAGUGGGAAGAUUGUUUGAGCUCCUAUCACUUCAGGUUCCUCCUCCAUCCAUCUCUGCCCUUGUCACUGACUCUGAUACAUAUCAGUGGCAUCUUCGUCUUGGUCAUGCUUCUUCAGAAAAAUUGCGUCAUUUAAUCUCCAUUAACAAUUGA